GGUUGAACGUGAGAAAGCAGCACUGAUGACCAGCCUGCAGGAGUCCCAGACUCAGCUCCAACACACCCAGGGGGCCCUAACUGAGCAGCAUGAGAAGGCCCUCCGUCUUAGCCAGAAAGUCAUUGUCCUCCGCCGCUUACAUAGACGGGCUCACCCUAACCAGGAAGCCCACACCAGUGCCACCUUUCAGCUCAACCAUGAGGCCCUGAUGGAGCUGGACAGGUAUGAGGAAGAGGCUGAAGAGGAAGGAAGAACUGAGGAGGAUAAGAGUGAGACACUGAACAAAAGUCAGGUAUUUGCAUAUCAGACGCCAGGUCUGGAGAUCAUGCAGUGCAAGUACCGUGUGGCUGUGACAGAGGUGGUGGAGCUCAAGGCAGAGGUGAGAGCCCUCCAUGACCGACUGGCUCAGUGUGCAGCGGGAGCAUCGGAGGAGAAGCCAAGGCGAAAUGGUCAGCUCCUGAAGCUGGAAAGGCAGGUCGCCUCAUUAGAGAAGAGUUGCAGGGAGGGACAGGAUAAGAUGUCUAGCCUGGAGUUGGAGUUGCAGGCAGCUCAGUCAGCAGCCAGUGAGAGCCAAGGGGCGUUGAACGCAGCUCAGGAUGAGUUGGUGACGCUGAGCGAGGAGCUUGCCCAGCUGUACCACCACGUCUGUCUGUGCAACAAUGAGACGCCCAACCGUGUCAUGCUGGACUACUACAGUCUGAGACAGGAUGAAGUCAGAGUUGGCAGUAAGGCACUGUGUCAGCUAAGCCCGCGCGCCUCGUCCGGGUGCCGAGAUCUGUCGAGCGUGGACGCGCCCGGCGCGCCCGCCCGCGUUGUGUCGGUGCGCGGUUGGCAGCGGGUUGUGUGGCGGGUGCGUGCCGCGCCGCCCGCGGGCGUGAGCUGCGCGCUGCAGGGCGGGAGGAUGGCGUUCGGCCAAGCCUACUCCACCCAGCGUAAGGUGGCAGAAGAUGGGGAGACCAACGAAGAGACACUGCUGCAGGAGUCCGCCACCAAGGAGGCCUACUACAUGGGCCGCCUCCUGGAGCUCCAGUCGGAGCUGAAGCACAGCCGGGCCACCGCCUCCAAUGCACAGGCCGACAACGAACACCUAAGCGCGCUGCUGCAGGAGCUGAGGGAGAGUAAUGAGAUGUUGGAGCUGCAGCGCAGCCGGAUGCGAGAGGAGAUCAGGGAGUACAAGUUUCGUGAGGCGCGGCUGCUCCAGGACUACACUGAGCUGGAGGAGGAGAACAUCUCUCUGCAGAAACUCGUGUCAACACUCAGACAGAAUCAGGUGGAGUAUGAAGGCCUGAAGCAUGAGAUCAAGGUCCUGGAGGAGGAGACAGAGGUCCUCAAUAGCCAGCUACAAGAUGCACUGCGUUUGAAAGACAUCUCAGAUGGCCAGCUGGAGGAGGCACUGGAGUCUCUGAAGAGCGAACGCGAGCAGAAAAACCACCUGCGCAGGGAGCUGGUCCACCACCUGAGCAUGUGUGAUGUGGCCUACACUGGCAGUGCCCACCUGACGUUCACCUCCGCCCCGCCCAGUGGCAGCGCCACCCCGACCACUCUGCUCUCCCCAAAUGCAGAAGAGCCAACGAGGUGGAUAUUGCACAGAUGA